UAUGAGGUGAACCUGCCUUAUUCGCGGUCACAGUAGAUGCAUUGUGGUGGUCAGUUAACGGUGGCAUACUAUCUUGCGAUGAUAUCAGCUAGCCUGCUGGCUAGUUAGCUAACUUGUUUUAUUGCUGCAGCCUUUACAGGAUUUAGCUAGCUAGCUGCCUGACAAGGCCGAUGUUUCUGGUGGAGGAGGGGGUGAAUAUAGUGUUUUCCAUCAUGUCGAAGUCGUUCCGUUAUUUUUAGCUAGCACUGCAGGCUAGCGCAGCUAAUAGCGGCAAGCAAAGCGUGACUAAUCUGUCUGUUGUUUGAAAAUCAAUGCAAAUGGAGCAGUGGCAGGACGCGGCCUCUCAGCAGGUCAAGCUGCUUACAACUCGUCUGAAUGAACUGUUGUCCAAAGGCCUGCAGCUGCUCCGCUCCGAGUUCGGCGUGGAUUUGGGACUGAAGCCUGAGCUUAUUCCGCCAUGGGUGAUCCUCUUAGCGGCAUGUACCGGACUGGUGCUGAUGGUCGUUCUGUGGGCCUCAGUCUGCCGGACUCUUUUCAAGAAACGACCCACUGUAAGCCCUGUGGACGACGGCAUUGAAAUAAAGCGCGGUGUCAGUAAACCUGUCAAAUCUGAGGAGCCGAAGAAAAAGAAGAAGAAAGCAGAAAAGAAAGCCCAGCCAAAUGGGAGAGCUGUUGCUGAACCACAGGAAGAAGCCAUAGUAUCGGAAGAGAUAGUGCCACAUCACCAGCCGCUGCCACCAGAAGUCAAGGCUGAAAAGGUUGCAGAGGUAAAGAAGUCCAAGAAGAAGGCCAAACAGGCUGUAAAGGAGGCCAAGACCGUGACUGCAGAUGGCAAAGAACCAGAAGAAGGCACAUGGGAGACCAAGGUCAGCAACAAGGAGAGGCGUGAACAACGCAAGAAGGACAAAAGUUCUAGUGAUGGCUCAGCCAGUCCUGGCGGAGGGGACACACCCGUGAGCACUCCCCCUGAGCAGCCCAAGGCCUCUGCAGCCCCCGCAACUGCAAACCAGAAGAAGAAAAAAGGAGAAUCUGCCAAAGUGAAGGCGGAGAAGGUGGAGGCUGCUGUAUCUCAAGUUAACAACAGAGAGGUGGCAGCAAAGACUGCUGGUGUGACUGAUAUGGCAGUCAAGGUUCCUGCUCAUAGUGUUGCUCCGAAGUCAGGCCCGUGGACUACCAGCAGAGAACCAGUGUCACUGUGGAGAGCAGACAUCGAUGAGUCGUGGACUGUGAUUGACAGGGCGAUGCCCACAACAGAGCUGAAUCUGUCUUUUACUGGACUGGGAGUUGGUGCUGCUGAGCCCCACCCUGUCAGCGAGCUGCCCUGGCUCAGUCAGCCCAGAGUGGAUGAUGAGUGGUCUGGGCUCAAUGGUGGUUCUGUUGACCCCAGCUCUGACUGGAAUGCCCCCUCUGAAGCCUGGGGUAACUAUGAAGAGCCCACUCCUGUGGCCCCUCCUGCUCCGGAGCAGCCGCUCCCUGAGCCUGCCAAGGUUAAUCUGCUGAUCAGAGCUGCUGACAAUGAUGAGGAUGAAAAGGACAAGGGAGAGACUGCUUCUGAUGGAACAUCUAAAACUAAAAAGAAGAAGAAAAAGAAGAAGAAGGCUGCAGAGGAGGGAGGAGCAACAGGCCAGGGCGAGGAGCCAGAGAAGGAGGCAGCACCUGCAGCCUCAGUGAAGAAGCAGCCACCUGGUCAGGAGAACGUUGCUGCCAUCCAGCCUGUCAAAGCAGCUGCUGUUGAGGCGAGGGUGGAGCGACAAGUGAAGGACAACAUAUCCUCAAAACCCCCCGUCACACAAGUGCCACAGAAGCCCGUUGAUGGAGAGCCCACUGCCAAGCAGAAUAGCCUUCCUGCUCCAGUCCAACAAAAAAAACCUGAGGAGAGCCAAGCGCCCAAACCAGCAAAGAAGAAGAAGGCAAGGAGAGAGACAUGAGAUCGAGUCCACUCUGCAGAUUUCUGUAUGCAAAAGACUUCAUAUCCUGUUUAUGCAACACCUUUUGUGACAAGAACUUUGAACUAAGGUCUUCAUGACGAACUUACCUUAAAACCUGUCUGGAAAAUGAAAACAACUUUUAUACACGUCGAGUGUCAGUUGGUGGAUCGUUGAAAACUGAACCUAGAUGCAGUGCAAUCUAAUGUGAUGCGGUGUUAAUGAUUUUUAAGUAUGCAUUUGAUACUUUGAUUCUGUCUUCUAAUUCUACUGAAUCAAAUAACUGAAGGAGCUGUAUUGUAGUAAUUAGACAUGUAGAAAAUACUGAUCAUGUUUAGAGACUUGAUGUUGGGGUGGCUAACAGCUGGAGUUUUUAAAGGUGUAGAGAGUGAGAACUGUCGACAUGCAUCAGGUCACUGCACUGGGCCAUAAUGUUGAACUGGCCUUCGCUUUGCAGUCUUUUAUUUUUGCUCUGACAUUUGUGAGCCGUGAUGGCACAGCGAGCACUGAUGGGUGAGGAGUGCAGAGAUCAAACGUUUAUUUCACGUCAAUGGUUAUAGCUCAGUAGAGUGUAAACAUUUGUGACAUAAAUGAGACAUGAGCAUCAUUAUGUGCAGAAAAGGGAAUCAUGUCUGCUCUGUAUUUUUGCAUUAUAAUGUGUGACUACAACAUUUCAUUAACUCAGUCCAUCUGGUUUGUCCCCUUGUCUGACAUUGUACUGCAGUGUGUCAACAACUGUGUCCUUGCUGUUUUUACUAUCUGUGACUGCUUUGUGGCUGGAGCCGUGUGGGAGCCUCUGAUCAUAGGUGUACAAUUGCAGUGUCAUCAACCUCUCCACGAUUUUCCACCUGUGGUUGAAUUGGAAGUCUUCAGAACCUUUUGUAAAACCUGUUUGUAAUAAAAGAAAAGCUAAAGCCAUAUGUAAAAAGACUAAAUAAAGGCCAGUUUUUCUAUA